AUGAGUGGACGAUUUCAAAAUACUGGACGUGGAUCCAAUGGAAGAAAUGCUGGACGAGGAAGAUCGCAGCAAGGCCGAGGUAAUGGUCAAUACAAUGGAAAUAAGAGUGGCAAUGGUAGCCAGAAAGAGAAGAAGUUUCAUCCUCUGACUAGAGGAAACAUUCCCAAAUUUAGCUUUGAUGAAGUGAAGAAGACAUUGGUGAUUAAAAUGUCAACGAUGAAGAUGGAUCAUAUUGAUGACAUGAUCCAGAGUGUACGAACCUUGAGUCUGUUUGAUAUUGAAAGUGUGAAACCAACAUUGGUAUUGGUGACUAAUGACAGCGAUCCUGAUAAGGAGAUCAAGAAUGAAGAAAGAAGAACUAACUAUUUGGCUGAUCGAAAGGAUUGGAAGGCCAGGAAGAACGCGUUUGAUAACAAUAAACGCAAUGUCUAUGGAAUGAUUAUGAAGAUGUGCACCGAUCAUAUGGUGGACAAACUUGAGCGAGAAGCUGACUUUGAUAACAAACUGUUCAAUGAUCCUGUGGAGCUAUUGAUGCGGAUCAAGAAAUUGAUGACGACUACUGUUGAUACAGAAUGGGAAUAUUUUGGUCUGUGGAAGACAAUGAGCAAUCUGAUUAAUUGCCAUCAAAAGGAGAAGGAAAACAUUGCAAGUUUUCGUAAACAAUUUGAAGAAAGGGCGAAGGCAUUACAAGCUUUGCUUGGUGAUGAUUUUUUGGACAAAUUUACUGAGAAGAGUCAGGAAUAUGAUUUAUUGGGAAGCGAUGCCGCAUAUAGGGAUUAUUCGGACGCAAAUGGUCGUGGUAAUUGGCAAAAUAUGCAACGUGAUGAUAAUGCAACGCGUGAUGAUAAUGAAUUGGGAGAAUCAAACACUCAAUGGAGCUAUGGACAUUCCAACAAUGGAUCCCAUGGAGGACUAUUUAUUCAACAAGGACAUACUGACAAUAAUCCAAGACAACAAGGGAUGAUGUUAUUUCAACACAACAAUAAUGGUAUCCACUUGGAUAGUGGAUCUACUUUUCAUUUGCGAACCAAUGAAGAUGACUUUAUAGAAGGAAGUCUGCAAGGAAUUCAUGGAGGAUUCCAUUAUGCCUCUAAUGUUGAGGGAAGAGAACUUUAUUGA